UCCAAAGGAAGGCCGCCUCCCACCUCCGUUACCCACCCGUGCGAGGGGGAGAGUCCCCGAGGCUGCCCGCGCCGCACCGAUAGGCCGCGCACGGCCCAGCUCGGCCAGGCCUAACAGCGGCGGAGCGAGCCGCGCCGCGCUCCCGGCCCAGGCCGCAGGGGGCGGUCCGCGCCCUGCGCCUCCCGCCCGGGCGCAGGCGCCGGGCUGACCCGCGGCGGAGGGCUGCCCGCCCGGGACGGCGGCUCCAUGCGCUGCCAGGUCUCGGUGCUGUAUUUCGCCAGGAGCGCGGAGCUGGCGGGGCUGCGCUGCGAGACCCUCUCGGUGCCACGACAGAUCACCUCUCUGCAGCUCUGGGAGGAGAUCGUCAAGGUGCACCCAAGGCUUGCUGUCAUCCGGAAUCAAGUGGUUUUUGCUGUUCGGCAAGAGUACGUGCUUCUUGGAGAACAGCUCCUGGUCCUGCAGCCUGGAGACGAGAUUGCCAUCAUCCCACCAAUUAGUGGAGGCUGAGUCUGCCCAGGUUCUGUUCGUGAGCUAUGGAUGAAUGUGAAGAUGUGCCAAAAGAUUUUAUCAAACUCAAGUCUGGAAAGCUCUCUGUAGAUGAAGUGUCAGAGCUGGUCAUUUCACCAUACUGUGGGGCAGUGUCUCUGUUUAUUGGU